AUGAGCGGGGCUUCGGGAAAGACGAUCGCCAUCGGGCUCGUCGUCGGAAUCUUCUCCUCCGCCGCACAGUCCGUCGGCCUCACCAUGCAGCGCAAGUCGCAUAUGCUCGAAGACGAAAAGCCGCUGGGCCAGAUCCAGCGGCCGCCUUACAAACGCAAGCGGUGGCUCUUCGGCAUGGGUCUCUUCCUCGUUACAAACAUCUUUGGUUCCGGAUUCCAGAUCACGGCUCUGCCGCUCGUCAUUUACGCGCCGUUGCAGGCGAGCUCUCUCGUGUUCAACUCCAUCUGCGCUACUCUCUUCCUUUCCGAACCCUUCACGCGAUACUCUCUCAUAGGCACCAUCCUCGUCACCGCCGGAGCUAUCCUGAUCGCGGCAUUCGGCGCACUGCCCGAACCCAACCACACGCUCGAAGAACUCCUCUACCUUCUACGACAGCGACCUUUCCUUCUCUGGUUUUUCAUCACCAUCUUCAUUGCCGUCGUUUUGCUUGUCGUGCUGCGUAUGAUGCGCACCUGGAAGCGAGGGCACACCCAUCGCGGAAAACUCAUCCGCGGUCUGCUGUUUGGUGUCGUGAGCGGCAUCGGUUCCGCGCACUCGCUCCUGCUCGCAAAGUCUGCCGUCGAGCUUCUCGUGCAGUCUGUUAUCAACAAGAACAACCAGUUCAACCGAUACGAAACCUGGCUUAUCUUGCUCGGCCUUGUCGUACUCGCGCUCACGCAGCUAUAUUUCCUUCAUGAGGGUCUGAAGCUGUGCUCGACCUCGGUGCUUUAUCCUCUCGUGUUUUGCAUCUACAACAUCAUCGCGAUCCUCGACGGUCUGAUUUACUUCCAGCAAGCCUCGCGGCUGUCGCCUUUGCAAAUCGGCCUUGUAGCCCUCGGAACGAUCAUCCUGCUCGUCGGCGUCGCCUGCCUCUCGUGGCGGCUUACGCCCGAGCCGGCUGUAGCCGCGCUUCUGAAGGAUGAUGCCGAGACCCUGGCGACUAUGACGGGCCGCAAUACUGACGAUGAUGCCUCCGAGUCGGACGCGUUGCUGAUCUCUGCGAGCGACGAAGAGUCGGGCCUCCCCUCGACAGGUUUGCGGCCGGCACUCACGUCGUCGAGCUACGCGUCUACAAAGAGCUCAAAAGGAGCAACGCGGCCAUGGACGAGCAAGAAGUUAGGAUCUGUCGAGCGCAACGAGAUCUGGGACGAGCUAGGCGACUAUGAUGCUGACGAGCUUGACGUCAGCGGACGCGAGUAUUUGAUCUCGGUCGCGUACAACGACGCCGAGGAUGAAGAGGAGUCGAUCUCGGACGAGAGCCUGACGGCGACUACUAGCAGCUCGUCUGGUGGUGCGGCAGCUGCUAAUGGAGCUGCGGGACUGCUUGGCCGGGUACAGAACAUGAUUCGCUCAAGACGAAGCUAG